AUUACCACUACUUACUGCACGAGAAAGAGCAGUACCAAUCUCGGUCGGGUGAACAGUCCUUUUCCGACACACAUAUACCAUCACAUGACCCUCCGGUUAUGACGUGUGGCCUGUGCGAUCACCUCACCUGCAAACCGUCGAAAGCAGUAUAAACCUAUAAGCCCAGCUUUUGCUCCACCUCACAGUAGUCUCGGUCACAUUAAGCUUCCCUCCUCAUUCCAUUACCUCCCCCCUCCCCCAACCAUCAUCCCAAUUGCACACCAAACCACCAUGUAUCGCACAUCCAUCAUCAAGGCUGCCCGCCCAUUGGCCUCCAAGCGCCUCCUCUCCACCACUGCCCGCGUCAUGACCGGCGGAGACACUGGCUCCGGUGCUUCGCGGGCGGGCGGAAUCCGCUCUGGUGACGCCUUCACCAAGCGCGAAGCUGCCAACGAGGAGAUGUACAUCAGGCAGGAAGAGCGCGCCAAGCUUUUGGCAAUCAAGGAGAAGCUCAAGCAGCAGAGGCAGCACAUCGAUGAGCUCGAGAAGCACAUUGACGAUGUCACCAAGGAGCGAUCCGGCGGCGAGCACAACUAAAUGCCAACCUCCCCCUCCCCCCACCUUAAUAAACGUACGAAAUGAAAGCGUAGCCCCGUUGGAACGGUGGACCCCGUGAUUUGCGUUUGCAUCGACUUGUAUCAGACAGCUUUUUUGUACACCAUCUCGGGAAAAAAAAACAUCCAAAUC